CUGACAGGUACCAGUGACCCAUCCAGGACAGGUUCCCAGAGCUCUCGGCAACAUGGCCUCCCCUCCCCACCAGCAGCUGCUGCAUCACCACAGCACCGAGGUGAGCUGCGACUCCAGCGGGGACAGCAACAGCGUGAGGGUCAAGAUCAACCCCAAGCAGCUGUCCUCCAACAGCCAGCCCAAGCACUGCAAGUACAGCAUCUCUUCCAGCUGCAGCAGCUCCGGGGACUCCGGGGGGCUCCCCCGGAGAGUGGGCGGUGGGGGCCGCCUGCGCAGGCAGAGGAAGCUGCCCCAGCUUUUCGAGAGGGCUUCCAGCAGGUGGUGGGACCCCAAGUUCGACUCCGUGAACCUGGAGGAGGCCUGCCUGGAGCGCUGCUUCCCGCAGACCCAGCGCCGGUUCCGAUACGCGCUUUUCUACAUCGGCUUCGCCUGCCUUCUCUGGAGCAUCUAUUUUGCUGUCCACAUGAGAGCCAAACUGAUCGUCAUGGUUGCCCCGGCUCUGUGCUUCCUAGCGGUAUGCGUGGGCUUUUUUCUGUUUACCUUCACCAAGCUGUAUGCCCGGCACUACGCCUGGACCUCGCUGGUUCUCACCCUGCUGGUGUUCACCCUAACCCUGGCUGCGCAGUUUCAGGUUUUGACGCCUCUCUCAGGACGUGUUGACAGCUCCAAUCACACUGCUGCAGCCAAAUCCACAGACACUUGCUUAUCUCAAGUGGGGAGCUUUUCCAUGUGCAUUGAAGUGCUCUUUUUGCUCUACACCGUCAUGCACUUACCCUUGUACUUGAGUUUGUUUCUGGGGGUGGCCUAUUCGGUUCUCUUUGAGACCUUUGGCUACCAUUUCCGAGAUGAAGACUGCUUCCCCUGGCCUGGAGCCCGGGCCCUGCACUGGGAGCUGCUGGGCAGGGCCCUGCUGCACGUCUGCAUCCACGCCAUCGGGGUCCACCUCUUCAUCAUGUCUCAGGUGCGGUCCAGGAGCACCUUCCUCAAGGUGGGACAGUCGAUCAUGCAUGGGAAAGACCUAGAAGUAGAGAAAGCCCUGAAAGAAAGGAUGAUUCAUUCUGUGAUGCCGAGAAUCAUAGCUGAUGACCUCAUGAGACAGGGGGACGAGGAGAGCGAGAAUUCUGUCAAAAGGCAUGCCACCUCCAGUCCCAAGAACAGGAAGAAAAAGUCUUCCAUACAGAAAACUCCCAUCGCAUUCCGCCCUUUCAAGAUGCAGCAGAUUGAAGAAGUCAGUAUUUUAUUUGCAGAUAUCGUGGGUUUUACCAAGAUGAGUGCCAACAAGUCUGCUCACGCCCUGGUGGGUCUCCUGAAUGAUCUGUUUGGUCGCUUUGACCGCUUGUGUGAAGAGACCAAGUGUGAGAAGAUCAGCACCCUGGGAGACUGCUACUACUGCGUGGCAGGCUGUCCCGAGCCCCGGGCAGACCAUGCCUACUGCUGCAUCGAGAUGGGGUUAGGCAUGAUAAAGGCCAUUGAGCAGUUCUGCCAGGAGAAGAAGGAAAUGGUGAACAUGCGUGUUGGGGUUCACACGGGGACUGUCUUGUGUGGCAUUUUGGGAAUGAGGAGGUUCAAAUUCGACGUGUGGUCCAAUGAUGUGAACUUGGCCAAUCUCAUGGAGCAGCUGGGAGUAGCCGGCAAAGUUCACAUUUCCGAGGCCACAGCAAAAUACUUAGAUGACCGGUACGAAAUGGAAGAUGGGAAAGUUAUUGAGCGCCUUGGCCAGAGUGUAGUUGCUGACCAGUUGAAAGGUUUGAAGACAUACCUGAUAUCGGGUCAGAGAGCCAAGGAGUCUCACUGCAGCUGUGCAGAGGCCUUGCUUUCUGGCUUUGAGGCCAUUGGCAGCUCCCGGGUGUCCUCAGGCCCUAGGGGACAGGGGACAGCAUCAUCAGGGAGUGUCAGUGACUUGGCGCAGACUGUCCAAACCUUUGAUAACCUUAAGACCUGCCCGUCGUGUGGAAUCACCUUUGCUCCCAAAGCUGAAGCCAGUGCAGAAGGAGGCGCUGUCCAGAACGGCUGUCCAGACGAGCGUGCGAACAGCACCAAGGUAACAAGCUCAUGGCUGUUGUUCCUGUCAGUUCCUCUCCUGGCGCAUCCACCGAAGGCUUCUGGAGGAUCUAAUGCCAAAACUCAGAAUGGCCUUCUGAGCCCUCCCCAAGAGGAGAAGCUCACUAGCAGUCAGACCUCGCUGUGUGAGAUCUUACAGGAAAAGGGGAGGUGGGCAGGGGUCAGCUUGGACCAGUCGGCUCUCCUUCCGCUGAGAUUCAAGAACAUCCGCGAGAAGACCGACGCCCACUUUGUGGAUGUCAUCAAAGAAGACAGCCUGAUGAAAGACUACUUUUUUAAGCCGCCCAUUAACCAGUUCAGCCUGAACUUCCUGGAUCAGGAGCUGGAGCGAUCCUACAGGACCAGCUAUCAGGAAGAGGUCGUGAAGAACUCUCCUGUGAAGACUUUCGCCAGUGCCACCUUCAGCUCCCUCCUGGACGUGUUCCUGUCCACAACGGUAUUCCUCAUCCUGUCUGUCACCUGCUUCCUGAAGUACGGGGCCACCGCCACGCCUCCCCCGCCCGCCGCGCUGGCCGUCUUCGGGGCGGCCUUGCUGCUGGAGCUGCUGUCCCUGGCCGUGUCCAUCAGGAUGGUGUUUUUCCUGGAAGACGUGAUGGCUUGCACGAAGCGCCUGCUGGAGUGGGUGGCCGGCUGGCUCCCACGCCACUGCAUCGGGGCCGUGCUGGUGUCACUGCCCGCCCUCGCAGUCUACUCUCACGUCACCUCCGAGUUUGAGAGAAACGUGCAUGUCACGGUGUUCACGGGCUCCGCCGUGCUGGUGGCCGUCGUGCACUACUGCAACUUCUGCCAGCUCAGCUCCUGGAUGAGGUCGUCCCUCGCCACCGUCGUGGGGGCCGGGCCGCUGCUCCUGCUGUACAUCUCCCUGUGCCCCGACAGUUCCAUAGUAAUGUCUCCCCUCGAUGCAGUACAGAAUUUCAGCUCCGGGAGGAGUCCAUGCGACAGCUCGUUGCUGCGGGCCGACGGAAGACCAGCCACCCUCAUCGGCCAGGAGCUGAUCUUGGUCUUCUUCCCGCUGCUCUUGCUGGUCUGGUUCCUGAACCGCGAGUUCGAGGUCAGCUACCGCCUUCACUACCACGGGGACGUGGAGGCGGACCUGCACCGCACCAAGAUCCAGAGCAUGAGGGACCAGGCCGACUGGCUGCUCAGGAACAUCAUCCCCUACCACGUGGCCGAGCAGCUGAAGGUGUCACAGACCUACUCCAAGAACCACGACAGCGGCGGCGUGAUCUUUGCCAGCAUCGUCAACUUCAGCGAGUUCUACGAGGAGAACUACGAGGGCGGCAAGGAGUGCUACCGCGUCCUCAACGAGCUGAUCGGGGACUUCGACGAGCUCCUGAGCAAGCCGGGCUACAGCAGCAUCGAGAAGAUCAAGACCAUCGGGGCCACCUACAUGGCGGCGUCGGGGCUGAACACGGCGCAGCGCCAGGAUGGCAGCCACCCGCAGGAGCACCUGCAGGUCCUGUUCGAGUUCGCCAAGGAGAUGAUGCGCGUGGUGGACGACUUCAACAACAACAUGCUGUGGUUCAACUUCAAGCUCAGAGUGGGCUUCCACCACGGGCCCCUCACGGCGGGCGUCAUCGGCACCACCAAGCUGCUGUACGACAUCUGGGGGGACACGGUCAACAUCGCCAGCAGGAUGGACACCACCGGCGUCGAGUGCCGCAUCCAGGUGAGCGAGGAGAGCUUCCGCGUCUUGAGCAAGAUGGGCUAUGACUUCGACUACCGGGGGACGGUGAACGUCAAGGGGAAGGGCCAGAUGAAGACCUACCUUUACCCCAAGUGCGCGGGCAAUGGGGUGGUGCCGCAGCACCAACUGUCCAUCUCCCCCGACAUCCGCGUGCAGGUGGACGGCAGCAUCGGACGCUCGCCCACAGACGAGAUCGCCAGCCUGGUGCUGGCCGGGCAGUACUCGGACAAGGUGUCCCUGGGCUCCGCCAGCAGCACUCAGGCCAAGGAUGCUCACCUGGCCUCUGAGAGAGCCUGGAGGGAGCCCGCCAGCACCGAAGAGAGGUGCCGACUUGGCAAAGCCGCAGAGAGAAACGGCUGCGAGGAGCCGGGGGUGGACGAAGCCGAUGAACUCACCAAGCUCAAUGUCUCAAAGAGCGUGUGAGGCGGCGGCUGCCCCGCGCUCAGCUCAGCUCGCUGAAACCCAGUGACGUCUGCAAGCGGCUGGCCUUCGGCCCCCAGCCUCCAUCCUGGCUCCGGUCCUGCGUGGUCACUUCUGCCCUAACUUCUAUUCAGGGUUCACUUCCAUCCGUUUCUUCUUUCCUUUUGCUCCUGUCCCUGGAAACCUGCCCCGGGGUCCGUUUAGCCCGUGGAGGAGAACCAAGUGCCUUCAGGUUGGCCUCGGCCUCGCGUUUAGGACGGAGGCCACGGGUGGGAAUCAGUGCUUUGGGUAUUAUUUGACUUUUAAAACAAAAGCUGUGUUAAGAUAUCAUUUUUAUUGCUUUUUCUCAUGAGAUGCUUCUUUUUUUUCUUUUUGGCUGAUACGACGUUUUCGAGUUUCUCUCUUUCUGUACAUGUAAUAGUGCUGCCCAGUUCCCGACCUUCUGUGUAAGCACACACGCACACACACCUGCAUUUAUGCACCUGAUAUAAGUGCCAGUAAUUCACGAGAGGGAGGGGGACGUGGGCCCAGGACAGCCACGGCCCAGCCAGCCCUCCUCUCCACAAUUCCGGGUGCCUGGGCCUCCUGCCACGGCUGCAGGUCCCCCAGGAGGCCAGGCGGAGAUCACAGAUGCUGAGCGGGCAGUCCCGAGCCCAGGCCUCAGGAAUCUCAAAGCCGUGUUCAUCCUGCCCCUCCACCAAGGGGUCUUCCCACUAGGAAUAAAGGUGAUUGUCUUGGGAGCUGACUCGUCCAGGGAGAAACUCAAAAUAAAUGUCUGAGGGUUGCAUUUA